AUGGCUUCAAUCACUCGCCAAUUGCGCCCCAGGGUGCUCGUCCGCGCUACCUUCACAGCUCUCCCGUCCAUCUGCACACAGCCGCAGCGGUUUCCGCGCGCAAAGGCUCUGGGUGUCGUGAGCUGUCGCGCCCUCUCGACAACGCAGAUCCGCAGGUCUGCGAAGGCGCCGAGUGUGAAGAGAGGGGGCUCUAAGCUGUACGCGUCUGCGGAUGAGGCUGUCGCGGACAUCAAGAGCGGAUCGACAAUUCUCAGCUCUGGCUUCGGCCUCUGCGGAGUUGCGGACACACUAAUUGGCGCGUUGAAUCGACGGGGACCUGAGAAUCUCCAUUCGCUGACGGCAGUCUCAAACAACGCUGGUAUCGAGGGGAAGGGCGGGCUGGCUAUUCUCACAAAGUCUGGCCAAGUGAACAACCUCAUUCUUUCAUUCUUGGGAGCCAACAAGGGUCUCGAGAAGGCGUACCUCACGGGGGCGAUCGGUAUCGAGUUGUGCCCGCAAGGCACUCUUGCUGAGAGAAUCCGCGCUGGUGGUGCUGGCAUCCCCGCGUUCUUCACGCCCACCGGAGCUCACUCUCUGGUUCAGUCUGGCGACAUCCCUGUUAGGCUUGAUGCUUCUGGCGCGGUCAAGGAGCGCGGUAGGACAAGGGAGACGAGAGAGUUUAAUGGCAAGACCUAUCUCAUGGAGACUGCUCUGACUGGAGACGUCGCUAUUCUGAGAGCUUGGAAGGUCGACACGGCAGGAAACUGCGUCUUUAGAUACACUACCAAGGCAUUCGGCCCCAUCAUGGCCAAGGCCGCGACCCUGACCAUCGUCGAAGCCGAGAACAUUGUUGAGGCAGGUGCCAUCGACCCGAAUGACGUCGACCUCCCCGGCAUCUUUGUCGACCGAAUCGUUCCCGCGACCGCCGAGAAGAACAUUGAGAUCCUCAAGCUGAGGGCGGAGGAGACUGAGGGCGAGAGCCUGGCCAAGGCGAAGAACGAGGCCCAGGAGCGACGCAACCGCAUCGCAAGACGCUCCGCUCAGGAACUCAAGGAGGGCUUCUACGUCAACCUUGGUGUUGGCAUCCCCACGCUGGCUCCGUCAUUCCUGCCUGCCGGACGCAAUGUCUGGAUCCAAUCUGAGAACGGUAUCCUGGGCAUGGGUCCGUACCCAACUAAGGAUGAGGUCGACGCCGACAUCGUCAACGCCGGCAAGGAGACCGUCACCCUCGUUCCCGGCGCCUCGACCUUCGAUAGCGCCGAAUCUUUCGGCAUGAUCCGCGGUGGACACGUCGAUGUCUCGAUCCUCGGAGCGCUCCAAGUCAGCGCGACGGGCGACUUGGCCAACUACAUGAUUCCGGGCAAGGUCUUCAAGGGCAUGGGUGGUGCCAUGGACUUGGUCUCCAACCCGGACAACACCAAAAUCGUCGUCGCGACAGAGCACGUGGCGAAGGAUGGUUCUUCCAAGAUCGUGCAGGACUGCAGUCUGCCUCUGACCGGCGCUCGCGUGGUCAGCACCAUUAUUACUGACUUGUGUGUGUUCCAAGUCGAUCGCAAGAACGGCGGCUUGACACUGACCGAGGUCGCACCGGGCGUCGACGUCGAGGAGGUGAGGUCUAAGACAGAUGCUACCUUCGAAGUUGCGAAGGAUCUGAAGACAAUGGAGUAA